CACAAAAAUAAGAAGAGAAACUGUAGAAAGAAAGCCAUUUUCCCCCCAUUCCCCCUUUCACCUUCUUCCUCUUCUUCUUCACUUUCCCAAAUCUUUUCUCCACUUCUCUCGCAACCCCUCUUUCCCAACUUCGCCAAAGCUUCCAACUUCAUCGCCAACAUCGGAAAAAGAAGCAGCUCGAAAAAAGAAGAGGAAAAGGAGAAUAUACUCUCAGUCUCAGAGGACUUCAUCAUGGGCUGCUGUGCUUCCUCCUUUCUAUCAGAAACCCACCCAGAAAAGGACCAUCUUAACAAGCCCCAAGUCCUCCACCCUCCUCCUCCGUCGGCUGUCAUCGAUUCUCCCGCCGCCGGUGUCGGCGGCGGGGGAGGAGGAGGAGGAGUCCCUUCUUUCUCAGAAUUCUCCUUCUCCGACCUAAAAGCGGCCACCAACAACUUCAGCUCCGACAACAUAGUCUCCGAGAGCGGGGAGAAGGCGCCCAAUCUUGUCUACAAAGGCCGCCUCUCCAACCGGCGGUGGAUCGCCGUGAAGAAGUUUACCAAGAUGGCUUGGCCCGAUCCUAAGCAAUUUGCGGAGGAAGCUUGGGGAGUUGGGAAGUUGAGGCAUAAGAGGCUGGCGAAUUUGAUAGGGUAUUGCUGUGAUGGGGAUGAAAGGCUGCUUGUUGCUGAGUAUAUGCCGAAUGAUACGCUUGCCAAGCACUUGUUCCAUUGGGAAAAUCAAACCAUAGAAUGGGCCAUGCGCUUAAGGGUUGCCCUCUACAUAGCUGAAGCACUAGACUAUUGCAGCACCGAGGGUCGUCCUUUGUACCAUGAUAUGAAUGCAUAUAGGGUACUCUUUGACGAGGAUGGAGAUCCACGUCUUUCAUGUUUUGGCUUGAUGAAAAAUAGUAGGGAUGGGAAGAGUUAUAGUACAAAUCUGGCGUACACCCCUCCUGAAUAUCUAAAGAAUGGAAGGGUUACUCCAGAAAGUGUUACUUACAGUUACGGCACUGUCCUCCUUGAUUUACUCAGUGGAAAGCACAUUCCUCCCAGUCAUGCUCUUGACAUGAUAAGAGGAAGAAACAUAAUUCUCUUGAUGGAUUCUCAUUUGGAAGGGAACUUCUCUACAGAAGAAGCUACCACUGUUGUUGGUCUUGCCUCCCAGUGCUUGCAGUAUGAACCUAGGGAAAGGCCUAACACAAAGGAACUUGUUGCUACACUUUCUCCUCUGCAACCAAAGCCUGAUGCUCCAUCAGACGUGAUGCUUGGAAUACCCAAACAUGAGGAUGCACCUCCGACCCCACAGCGUCCUCGCUCGCCGAUGGGAGAAGCCUGUUCACGAAUGGACCUCACAGCCAUUCACCAGAUAUUGGUAAUGACACACUACAAAGAUGACGAGGGAACAAACGAGCUAUCUUUCCAAGAGUGGACACAACAAAUGAGGGAUAUGCUGGAGUCUAGAAAGAGAGGUGACUUUGCAUUCCGGGACAAAGAUUUCAAAACCGCCAUCAAUUGUUACUCCCAGUUCAUAGAUGUAGGAACUAUUGUUUCGCCCACUGUUUUCGCUAGACGUAGUCUUUGCUAUCUGCUGUGCGAUCAACCGGACGCUGCCCUUCGAGAUGGAAUGCAAGCGCAGUGCGUUUAUCCAGAUUGGCCCACUGCAUUCUACAUUCAGUCCGUUGCUCUGGCCAAGUUGAACAUGCACACCGAUGCAGCCGACAUGCUGAAUGAAGCUGCAUCGCUAGAAGAAAAGAAGCAGAGGGUAGGUGGAAAGGGUUCAUGAGAAGAAUAGGAAAUCUGUUUGUAAGCAAUAAAAAGGGGGAAAAGAUCCAUCUUCAAGUGUGUUGUUGUAAAAUGGUGAGCUGAGGAUUGAAUUUGUUGAUUGAUUAUAAGAGAAAGGAAGCAAGGAAAGAAAGAAAGGGUUUGUAGAAUAGAAUACUUAAUUGGAUGGAUUGGUCUGUAAUUUGGCUCACCCAUUUUGAUGGGGUAGAGAGGAGAGGUUAACUGAGGCAGUUUGUCAAUGUUGUAAUUACAGCUGAAAUCUGCUUUGUAUAUCUCUCUUGUUCAUCUGAUGCUAUUGUAUCAUUCUGGCACUUGACCAUUUGACAAGUAAUUUCAAAUGGAACUUUCCUUGGUAAGCAAGGAAAAGGAUUGACAAUAGGAAUCUUUUGUGGUAGAAAUGUUGAUAGUUGUAAGUUCACAUUUGUUAUGGGUACUCAGAAUCUUUCGGAA